CUGCUACGUUCCACUGUCCUUUUAUCGAAGAUGGGGCAUCCGGCUGCGAUCACUUCCUGAGACAGAACAGGCGAGCAAAAUACAAACCUCUGUCACCUCGAUAGGUUGGAACAUCAACAACACUCUCGGCUUCACGGCGAAAUCGGAAGAGGUGACAAAGGCACUUUACCCUGUACGAACAGAGGAGGAAAGCAUCCAGUGCACAAUUGAAGAGCCAGUGCAGGCAGAAAAAACGGCAAGAGCGAACCCCCCUCAGGGAACGAAGGCCAUCUACACGGACGGCUCGAAAUUCAAGAGCGGCGCGUGCGGCUACUCGGCGGUAUGGGAAGGCCCCUCGGGAUGGAUGGGCGUCAAGAGGCACAUGGGAAAGGACCAGAAGGCGUAUGGUUGUGAAUGCGCGGCGAUCGCACGAGCCAUCACGGUGGCAGGCGCAUGGAGGCCACAGGUGGAAAGGAUUGUUGUCUACACAGACUCACAGGCGGCAGUGAAGAGAAUGUCUCACGACAACCCAGGGCCGGGCCAGAAGUGGGCGAGACAGGCGGUGGAGAGUAGGAGAAAGCUGGGGAGGGAAACUAUAGUCGAGGUCAGGUGGUGCCCGAGCCACAAAGGGAUUCCGGGCAAUGAGAAGGCGGACGAAUGGGCCAAGCACGCAACAGAAAGACCCGGAAGCAGAGACAUAGAAUGGCCCAGAAAGACUACCUACGGCGGAUCACGCAAAGGGCCGGAACCUCGAUCCCUCGCCAGCCUCAAAAUGGAAGCAACGGAAAAGAAGUGGGCAGACUCUCUCGAGUGGGCGAGGGGCAAAGUGAAGGGCAAGAAAUACAGUGUCCCAAAGACGCAGAGCUGGGACAUGACAGUUGCGGAUAGCGGAAAGAGAGUCGCCGCCCGAUACUAUCAGCUUAAAACUGGUCACGCCCUGACAGGCCAACACCUGGCAUGGACGAAAAACCGACCGACGGCAGAGUGCUGGUGGUGCGGGUACAAGACCCAGACCCGGGAACACCUGUUCAAGAACUGCACGCAGUGGAGGGAGCAACAGAAGAUCCUGUGGACAGAGGUGCGAAAGAAGAUUGGCCGAGGGAAGGAUAGGUUUAAGAUCAGGGACCUCUUUGCCAACCAAGAGUGCAGCAAGGCCGUCCUUUACUUCCUCACCACCACCACUGAUGUGGGCCGCCGGGUGCCCCCCUUGGGGAAGCGCAACAAGAAUUUCUGAGCCAGACUUCUGAUUUGGCAGCGGCAGCGGCAGAUCCCACCUACCCCAUAGCAGGAGAAGUGAGAGAAGGAGCGAGAGCGGCAACGACGGAAAGAGUAGUGGCAGCAGAAGAGAGGCGACAGGCUGGGGAAUUUCUCUUUCUCCCCCCCCCCCCCCAAC